UAAGAUAUCGGAGAUGGCUAAAUCUCAAUUCAGCUGCGCAACCUUCUUUGCCCUGCUCAUCUGCUUCCUCCUCCUCGUACCAAAUGAGAUGCCAAUAGCUGAAGCUAAAUCUUGCCAGAAGCCUAGCAAAUCCUGGUCAGGGAAAUGUGCCGAUAAAGGGUGCCACAAUGUUUGCAAGUCUCGAGACCAUGCUGACUCCGGAUCAUGUAUGUGGACUGGCCAAGGUCAUCAACGUCAUUAUGCUUGCUACUGUCGCUACAAAUGUUGAAAGCCUACUAUAUGCUACAAUUUGCACCGUACUUUGUAAUGUGAAAUAAAGGCCAACAAUUCACUAGAAUUGCAUAUGUGCCGCCAAUGGUAGCUGUUCCUAUGUCAGUUGCUAAUUAUGUAUGCCUGUAUGUGUUAUCAUUGAAACAUCACUGCUCAGUGAUAACUUAAUCAGUCUAUCCAUGUGUGUUUGUUACCAUCUGUCUUGUACUCAUUUAAAUAUAAAUGGACUACCUCUAUCCAAGUAUGAGAGUCAUUUUUCUGG